AUUCAAAUCCAACGGUGUAAAACGAAACUGCUUUCUCUCUCCCAAAACGACGCCGUCUCCCCGACUUAGUCCUGUUUAAAUUCCUUGCUCUCUACGUUGGCUCUGGUGCUCUGCUCUCUCUCUGUCUCUCUCGAUUCGAAAUAUUAGGGCUUUUCUCAGGCACUAGUGUGGGAUUUUUGCAAUGGCGACGGAGCCCAAGGCAGCAACUGAGGACGCGAAGAUGGAUUUGUUCGAGGACGAUGAUGAGUUCGAAGAGUUCGAGAUCAAUGAAGAGUGGGAAGACAAGGAGGAAGGGAAAGACGUGACACAGCAGUGGGAAGAUGAUUGGGAUGAUGAUGAUGUCAAUGAUGACUUCUCUCUGCAGCUGAGGAGGGAACUGGAGAACAAUACGGAGAAGAAGAACUAAGCUAAAUAAAUGUUUAGAUUCAUCAUUUUCUUGUCUGAAUUUUCCGCUCUGGCGCUUUCGCGUUUUUAAGAGCUCUACAUGCUGUAUGAAGUUUAAUCAGUGACAUGAAAACAAAGGGCCCUUUGCGGUGAACUUUUUUGUAUGAGAUCGGUUGCUUUGAUAUAAAUAGGGAUUUUAAUUCUCCCAA